AGCAUGGCGCCGUCGCGUCACAAUACGUGACGAAAUGUUCCACGACAAGGAAUUCAUCAGCUUUUGCGUUUUUAUAAAGUAGUAGGACAAUUUAAAAAGGUUAUUUGAUCACUGCGUGCUCUGAAGUCGCAGAUCUGACUUGGAUGAGUGGUUACCCUUACAAAAGAAAUGAUCCGGCCCACACCAGACCACCACGGAAAAUGGCGACUGUGAAAUAGAUGGAAGACGAAAGUAAGAAAUCAUUAAAUGCAGCGUCUCGGUAGUCUUCAGCUUUCAUCCAAGCCGCUCAGAGGUCAUGGCCAUGGAAGUGUCAUGUCUGACAGAUGUUGAUGAAGAUGAAAAAAAUACUGAUUCUGAAAUCCAUUCCCUCAUGCUGCUGCAACCUGUAAAAAUGGCGCAAGACUCAGCCUCUUGCAUAGAUUCUUUUGAUACAACCUCACUAAAUCAAAACAGUGUCCUAGAUGUUCUGUCCAGCACAGACAUGUUGUCUCCAAUUGGGUUGGCGAAUGGACCAUCUUUACAUCAGGCUACUCAAGCUCAUGAACUUCUCUGCAUUACCUCUGAGAAAGAGGAGGAAAAGAGCAUCACCCAGCUAAAGACUGUGCAGGAAAUAGACAGUCCUGGAAUUUGGGGAUUUGACACAGAAUCAACAGAGAACUCAUUGGACAAUUUCAGUAGUGCCAGUGACCUUAACUGGGACCCUCACAAAGAGUUUAUGCAGUUUCUUUUGGAGAACAACAAUGACUCCCCUGUAGAGGAGCCAAAAGAGGAGGCUGGUCCUGGCAGCAUUCAAAGGAGAAGGAAAAGGAAAAUGGACAUGGUGGUAAUGGUGGACCCUUCAGAAGACCUAUACCCUGAUCUAAGCCCUAAAUCAUCUGAGAAAUCAUUUGAUGCAGAAGGCCACAUAGAUUCCAGUCCUGUUAUAGAAGUCAGUAAACCACAGAAGCCACAGUCAUCUGCAACAGAAAUAGUUCCUAAGUACCCUAAUGGAACAGUAAAGGCCAUUAAAGAAAUUAUUUACAAAACACCUGCCAGAAGUUCACAUGAGAAUGAUGUACAUGAUAAAAUUCCAACGCUAAAAGGGCGACUGAAAGUAAAUUCACAUUCACAGGGCAGGCCAUCAUCGUACUCCUGCUCGAAAUGUAAACUCGUGUUCAAGAAGGAGCAUCGCUUGCUUCGUCAUAUGAAGUCUCACAAUGACCCUCCUAGAAUUCCAGCAAAGCCCUUUAUAUGCAGGGAAUGUGGCAAAUGUUUCAAACAAAGUAAUGCACUAAUUAACCACAUGUCCAUCCAUCGGUUAAAAACAAGACUCACCGAAGAAGUAAAAGAGGUGAACGAAAAGAAGAAAGAAGAUAAAAACGCAAAGUUUUUCUGCCCUCAGUGCCCAUUUGGUACAAGCUGCCCAAACACAUUUGUUGAACACGCAAAAACGCAUGAAAAAGACAAAAGAAGGUUUAAAUGUGAGAAAUGCAGUUACAGGACUGUGAGUGACAGUGAUCUUAGGCGACAUAACGUUAUGCAUCACACAGUUAUUACAGUUAGGGAAAAAAUGCAAAGUGAUGAUAAUGAAACGUUCCCGUGCAACAUUUGCUCCUAUAAAGCUUUUGGCAAGCAUGUUUUUGAGAAUCACCUAAUACUACGCCAUCAAAUGUCUUUUGAGGAAUACACAACAGCACAGCGAGAUGAGACAAAUGCACAACAGUCAAGAAAGUGCAAGUCGCCUAUGCGCAAAACUACAUUUGAAGAUGCAGAGUUUACAUCAAAAAUAUCAGUAAAAAAUCAAAUCUCCUCCAAAAAAGAAGAUUUACCUGAUGGGUCUGGUGGAAUUUCUGACUUAUUCAAAAAUAGUAAGUUUAAAAGAGAUCCCAAGUCUCAGUUGACUGAAUCAAAGCUUGACAAAUCUAUUAAUGUUCUCCUGUCUCGUCAAAACCAUAGAAAGAAGGGUGUUGAACAAAAGGACAAAAGCAAUAAUUUUAGCAAAAAUUAUCAUGAUUCUGAAAAGGACAAAGAUGGCUGUGAUGAGUCACAAGAAACAACUUCAGUCAAGGUUGAAGACUCUUCUGGACACCACAAUGGCCCUAAGUUGAACUUGGAACACUUGUCGGUCAAAAAGUCUCAGUCUAAACGAAAAAUGUCCACCCCAUAUCGUAACACCUCUGACCAAGACUCAUGUUUCAUUUUACCAAAACCAUUGCCUAGUCCUAAGAAAGUGAACUUAGAAGAUGUUUCAGACUGUGAUGAAAAAGACAUUUUCUCUAUUAAAGAGUCUGAAGCCAAUGGUAAUCAUUUUAGUGAUGUGAUCAAAAAAGAAAAGAAACACAUAAUAUACACAUACAGUAGGAGAAUGUCCAUGAGGGGAGCCCUACAGGCAUCAAAAAAGCUGUUUGAGAAAAUCAAGACUGAAGAGCAAGAACAGAAUGAUGUUGAAAUCAAAGAAGAAUGCAUUGAAACUGAGGUAUUUCAAGAAACGUUCGAGUCCCACCAAAUCCCAUUGGGGGAAUCCCCCUCAGAUGAUUUGUCAGAGCUGGAACUGGACAGUAAGAAGUGUCCAUACUGUCCUGCCAUUUUUGAGUCUGGAGUUGGACUGUCCAAUCAUGUGCGUGGGCAUCUUCACAGGGUUAGACUGAGCUACGAUUCACAGCAUGCUGUGCCUCCACAGGAGGUGGCUUAUCAAGAUAAAAGACCACGCAUUCGACGGAGGAAUGCAGCAUUACGUCGACUGAAAAAAGCACUACAGGAUGAUUCGGAUUCUGAAACUGUGAGGACCAUUCACUCUUGUCCAUUAUGUGGGGACUCUUUUGACAACAGAACUGGACAGUCCAACCACAUACGAGGUCAUCUGAAAAAGCUUGGAAGAAACUUUACUUCAAAGAGCAAAUCCCCAUUACUUUUACUCCGUGAGCUAAUGCGCGAUAAGAAGGAAUGCCAGCGGGCCUUUCAGAUUCUGGGAAAAAGACGGAAUCAUUUGCAGUAUGGUGCUUUGCCAAAGUUGGCCAUUGUCAAUCGUUUCACCUCUUCUCAGAUGGGAUUCCCAAAAAGUCAUUCGGUUUCAAGCCUUUGCACUGAUGCCAAACCACUGAUGCCCUCCUUUUCUUUAGCAGAAAGCAAAUCUGAAAAUGUGCAGCUGGAAAAGCUGACUGUUAAAAACUCCCUUUCAGGCACAACUGCCCUCAUAGGGAUCCUGAAAAAGAGGAAGUGUCAGGAAGAUGCAAGACAAAAGGCAUCCUCUCAGAUGUUAAGAAAUGGUUUACCAGUUUCUUCAAUUACUGAGGAAAUUUCAGGAUUAAAUGAUGUAUCUUCACUGCCAAACCCAGUACCUGGUGAAAAGGGUGAAUUCAACAGGAAAGUGUGCAUCCACUGUAAUGCAACUUUCCACAGUGGAGUUAGCCUGUCCAAUCACCUUCGGGCUUUCGCUAAAAGACAACAGAUUGCCUUACUCGAAGGGACCACAAUUCAAUGUAAGGCGGUUAGGACACGUUCAAGGCCUGGUUUGAAGAAGAAGACACUGCCCUUAGCGCAGAGUCCAGAGGAAAUGUACAGGCUCACCUGCAGGUUCUGUGACCUCGUCUUCCAGGGUCCACUGUCAGUCCAGGAGGACUGGAUAAAACAUUUACAGAGACACAUUAUGAACACUGGUGUCCCUCACACUGGGCUUGGCAUGGCAGAGGUCACCUCCUUGUCCACAAACCCCCCGACACUCAAGACUGAUCAAGACAGCUCUUUGUCAGUCGCACACGCUGACUCCUGAGGCCAAAGGGGACCAUUUUUCUAGAUUUCACUAGAUUGUAACUACGUGUACAUUAGAUGUUUGUUCACUUACUUUUGUUUUUAAAGUCAAUGAAAUCAUGGCCAAAAGAACCACACAGCCCAAUGUUUUAGACAUUGUGCCUGUUUGAUCAUUUGGACGGUUGAGAAAUAUUAUUUUGGAAUAUUGUUACCUACGCCUCUUUUUACAUCGUCCAUUUUUAAGGAAUUAAAUUCCAAAUGGAUAAACUCUUCUUUUAUGCAGUAAUGUAGUGUUGAAUCCAUUUCUAAAGAAGACAACUUGUACCUCAGAUUUUUCAUGGUUUUAGUCCGUUUUAGUCCAGAUCUGGAAGCACCUCUGUUCUGUGUCAAUAUUCUUCUAGGAUUAACACAAUCGUGUUUCCUUUGCAUUGCAACACAACCCAGUCAACACACCCUUAUCAGGCCAGAGUUCUAGCAAUGACUUUUUUUUUUUUUUACUUUAAAUGCAAAGAGAAAACAGAAAAAGGCUGCAACAUUUUUAAUACAAAUAAAGUGUUUUAUAAAAUUUCA